CCCCCCCCCCGAAGGCUAUCGAUCGAUCACCAUGCAGCCUUCACCGUCUACUCCGCAGCAGACCGCUCCCAGCCCCAGCAAGCCCGCCCGCCAUAACAGUCGACCUGGUGACUCCCAGUCGGGAACCACCCGUGGCUACGAGACUCCUGGCUCGGAUCGGAAGCAGGACGAUGGUGCAGGCAGCCGAUCGGGGACAAUCAAGUCGGCCAAACGGAAAAAACCCCGUCAUCGGAAGCGUCGUCAUCGCCGCCAAUCCUUCCUGGGGGGUGCCGAGGAUCCUCAUCCAGCCGCAUCCCAUGCCUCGAUCCCCGAUGCAGAGAACAGCGGCAUGAUGGCAGAGGACCAGACCAAGCCGCAAGCGGCGUUGCCCUUCUACAAACUCGGCAGGGGCCUCAGUAGCACUAGCCUGGAGAGUGAAGCCUUGCUGGAUCAUCGCAAUCAGCCGCCUAUGAGGCCGCGGAGAGACAGCCGCUUAGCGCAGUCCUACCGUCCGGGCUCCUCCUCUACGCCUUUUCGUCCCAUCGACUCGGGCUCGCGAACCCUUCCGUCCGGGGCCAGAGUCGAGGCGAACAGCGACGGAGAAGAAGUGAAUGAUCGGACCCCGUUGAUGCCACCGCCCUCCGGCCACUCUCCCAGCUUGCCGCGAUACGGAUCGGAUUUCAGGUCGAGCCCUCUGUCGUUCCCCCAGCGACGACCUGUCUCGAGCCGUUCGAGUUCUUCUCGGUGCUCACCCCGAGCGAUCCCAAGCCCCAAGUUUCCCGAGCCGGAUCACGACUAUGAUAUCAAUAACCCCCCGUCCAUGCCAACCUCGCCCAAACUGGGACCCGAGAUGAACUAUGAUGAUGCGGUGGUUACGGGGGCUGAAUUUGACUUUUCGCUGGCCAAGUCGAUCGACAAUCGGAUGGAACAACUGGCUCGCACGCAUGAUCUGUUGAUCGAUGUAGAUGGGGCCAGCAAUCGUCCGGCGCAGUCGCGCGGAUCUUCGCCGACUUCGCCCCAGAUUAUGCCUCAGGAGCGUCUCCGUCGUCGGACCACCUUCCCGGCUGAAGAGGAUGUGUGCUUUCCCACCGAGGUGGUUUCAGAAUUGGCGGAAGAAGAUGCACAGAGAACGGCCAAAGAAGGCUAUCGUCGGAGGCGACGGCUCCGGGAAUGGCCUGAUCUAUCCGUCUUGGAAGACUGGAGUCGCCAGGAGAAAGAGGAGCGAUCGGGGGCUUAUCGCGCGAAGAAAAUCAGCGAGCCCAUGCUCGUCGAGGGCCGCCUGCGCCCGCAGUACCGACUCUGGCGACGUGAAGAGGACGAAGCUCCCUACCGAUUUACGUACUUCAACGAAGAGUUCCAAAGUACGAUCCAUGCCCAAACGAUCUCUGAGCUUUGCCAGCCUGGUGGCAGCUUCCGCGAGCUUUUCAUUCCGGACCCUCCGGAGCUGGAGGUCUCGUCCGAUGAAGAUGACACGGAGUCGGUACACCAGCAGGGCGAGGACACAACGGGUUUCCACAACCAUGGUCAUCACGCCAGCGGCAAUGAAGCCCGGGUAACCUCACCGAAUGGGAACCUUCAUGGCGGCGUCGGUCACACCGCCUAUAAUCACAACCACCAGGGUCUCUCCAACAACCAAAGACGACAGCCCCGGACAUCGAUCAUCAGUGAGGCUGUAUCGGAAGCACGCACACCGGUGGACGCCUCACCCCCGCGAAAGCCGGGUCAACCGAAACCCAAGCGGUAUGGGCCUCGACCGACCUUUUGGCUCGAUGUUCUCUCCCCAACAGACGCAGAGAUGCGUGUCCUGGCCAAGGCCUUUGGUAUCCAUGCCCUAACGACCGAGGACAUCAUGAUGCAAGAGGCACGCGAGAAAGUCGAGCUGUUCCGGAACUAUUACUUUGUGAAUUACCGUACCUUUGAGCAAGAUCCGAACAGCGAAAACUAUCUCGAGCCCGUGAACAUGUACGUGGUGGUGUUUCGGGAAGGCGUCCUGUCCUUCCACUUCUCGCAGACGCCGCAUCCGGCCAAUGUGCGCCGACGGAUCCGCCAGCUGAUGGACUAUUUGAUCCUCAGCUCUGAUUGGAUCUCGUACGCGCUCAUCGAUGACAUCACGGAUGUGUUUGGUCCUCUGAUUCAGGCCAUUGAGGACGAGGUCGACGAGAUCGACGAGAAGAUCAUGCAGAUGCAUGCUGACGAGCGCGGGAUGGGGCCAAACAAAGAAGGCGAUAACGAGAGUGUGACAACGUCUCUAGCCCCUGGCGAGAUGCUCCGGCGCGUGGGGGUGUGCCGCAAGAAGGUGAUGGGGAUGUACCGGCUCUUGAGCAACAAGGCGGACGUGGUCAAGGGGUUUGCCAAACGGUGCAACGAGCAGUGGGAGGUGGCGCCCAAGUCUGAGAUUGGCCUCUAUCUGGGUGAUAUUCAGGACCAUAUCAUGACGAUGACCAGCAGUCUGACCUACUAUGAAACCCUUCUGUCGCGGGCGCAUUCCAACUACCUGGCGCAGAUCAACAUCCUCAUGAACGAGCGGCAGGAACAGACGGCCGAUGUGCUGGGGAAGCUGACGGUGCUGGGAACGAUUGUCCUCCCGUUGAACAUUAUCUGCGGGAUGUGGGGGAUGAACGUGAAAGUCCCGGGCCAGGAUAUUGAUAGUCUGUCAUGGUUUUGGUCGAUUACGGCGGGGCUGGUCCUCUUUGCUAUCGCCUCGUUCUAUAUCGCGAAGCGCGUAUAUAAAAUUGUCUGAGCGAGCGCUUGGCCCACUUUGGAGUUAGAGGGGGCUGGAAGAUCGGUACCCGGAGUGCGAUGGACGGUUGCUAUAUUUUUGCUUUGAAUCAAUUCAAUUCAUAUUCUAUUGGCCGAGUGGGGCUCGCUCACUGUGAUGUUGGUCAGGGUGACACUUUCACCGUGUGCUGUGUAGACUAUAUCACUCCGUAGAGAAGGUGCCAAUACAUAGUAG